UUCAGAACCCAGAAAAGACAAGACUGAUGCACAACACGGUGGUAAUGGCACACUAUCACCCAAUACCGAACAGCCACCCUGUCAGGGUUCAAUGUUGCCACCACCCGGUGGCGGUAAUGUUAUUGUUGGCUCCCAACAAAAUCACUCACACAUGGUUAGUGGUCGUGAUCAACAUGAUUCCCAUACACAAAAUUCCAAAAUGGAACGACCCAAUACAUUGGGCACCAAUAAAUUAGCAAGACGUGUUAAUGUCUGCUAUGAACAUUAUCCCGAUGGUUCUUCUAAUGCCAUGAUGGGUGGUCCACCCGGUAGUACUCCACCCCCUUAUGCUGAUGCUUCGGGCGGUGGUGGUGGCGGUCAUCAUCACCAUCAUCAUGAUGGUCGUGGUAAAAUGGUUGGUGGUGUUAUGCUUUCAGAAUUGCCAGAACCCCCAAUACCCGUUUCGGAAAUUGGUCCCAUCCCACCGCCUCCUAUGUUUUCGACACCAUCGCCAACUUUAGUGGCUGGAAGACCGCAUGGGCCGGGCGCCAUUAACGAUAAGGAUUAUCAGCCAUACGAUGAUUAUGAUAACGAUAACGAAGAUGAUAACGGUUCGGACAAUGACUACAACUAUCAAACGUAUUCCAAUCAUAUCGAUACACAACGCAUAGAGGAAAUUCCAGCCAAAGAGCCUAAAUUAAAUGCAGUUCCUCUUAAGUCGGCCCUUAAAAAGAAACCGGGACAGAAUUCAUCAUCGCCCGCCACACCCAUACAAGAUCACAGCAAUGCCAAUGGUACACUGCCUCAAGGCAUGGGUAUGGGCAAUAAUAGCAGCAGCAAUAACAGCAGUGGCGGUGGUGGUGGUGGCUCAUCAACACAACAACGUCCCUUGGUAGUCAGACAGGAUGCUACCAAUAGUUAUAAUCUAAAGCCCAUACUACGACCACGGAUUAGAAUAUGGCAACAAAUGUUUAACAUUAAUUUACCAUGUACCAUGGAAAAUAAGGAGAAUACACGGCCAUAUGUGAUACGAGAAACGAGUAGUGAUAGCAGUGAUGAAGAUGGCAGUCGUGUACUCUAUCGUGAUGAUGAUACAUCACGUCAAGCCAAAAUAGCGCGCAAGGAAUCGUUAUCAUUGAAAUUGCAAUUACGUCCUGACAAACAGGAUCUAAUUAAUCGCAAUAUCUUGCAUCCGGUCAAUGAUAAUGAGAUUAAGGAGAGUAAGGAGGCCAUAGGAGCAAGAUUAAUAAGACGUUUAUCGAUGCGACCCACAGCCGAUGAAUUGGUGGAACGUAAUAUUUUAAAGACAACAACACCCGCCGAAGAGAAAAAGCAAAAAGAAGAGAAAAAAUCAUAUUUAUUGCGUAAGUUGAGUUUUCGACCCACCGUCGAGGAGCUGAAAGAAAAGAAAAUUAUACGUUUCAAUGAUUAUAUUGAAGUGACCCAAGCUCACGAUUAUGAUCGUCGAGCCGAUAAGCCAUGGACAAGACUGACACCAAAGGAUAAGGCUGCCAUACGUAAAGAAUUAAAUGAAUUUAAAUCAAGCGAAAUGGCAGUACACGAGGGCAGUCGGCAUUUAACAAGGUUCCAUAGGCCAUGACAAUUGCAAUGGCAGAAAUUAACAACAACAAAAACUCCAUACCCAACAAAAUUUUGUGCAACAAAAUAUAAAAAAUUUUAAAUGAAAAAAAGUCAAAAAAUUUAAAAAAAUAAAAAAAAAUACAUAAAAAUU